GUACCCAUGUGUCGGCAAAGCAUCCAAGUUGUCCUUCAUUCAGCGCGUGGUUGUUUAUUUAACAAACAUCGUGAUGUGAAUUCGCGAUGCCGAGUCCAGUAAUAUACGUACCAAGGUGUUAGUAACAUAUAUUUCAGCUGCUCUCUUUCUCGGUGAGUGCUCGAUCAAUAUCUGUGGCAGGUGAUCCGCGGGAGCCCAAUAUAAGGGCGACAGAGGUAUGGUUCCUCCGGCGCAACUGCGCGCUAUAAUCAGGCGCAGGGCAGCGUCAAAAUCGCAGAAAGAAGGCAGCGGUGGCAAGACGCGGAAAAGAGAUUCCAAACAGUCGGCGAGCGACGCGGGGUCGUCUUCGACAGCGUGCGCUUCGAACAAAAGGAAAGGACUUGCAAGCGGAGACUUCACAAACAUCAAAAACAGACUGUGCUCCCGGUUCGGUGCGGCAUCGCGUCAAGCCGACUCCACGGUGACCAAAGAAAGCGAUGACGCGCUCGCCCAAAACGACGAUGCGGGGAGCUCGAAACCAACCAGCUACACGCCGCUUGAGAGUCAAGUCGUGGCGAUCAAGCAGCGGCACCCCAACACUGUCCUGCUGGUUGAAUGCGGAUAUCGUUUCCGAUUUUUCGGAGAAGAUGCGGAGUUGGCUUCCCGUGAGCUUUGUAUCAUGUGCCAUCAAGACCACAACUUUAUGACAGCCAGCAUACCUGUCCACCGUCUGGGUUUCCACGUGGAGCGCCUUGUGUCUCGUGGCCACAAAGUGGGCAUAGUACGUCAGACUGAGUCGGCAGCACUGAAGUCAGUUGGAGCGUCGAAGUCUACCGUGUUCACUCGUGAACUGACGGCACUGUUCACCAAGUCAACCUUGAUUGGGGAAGAACUCUCAACAACAGGGUGUGAAGACCCAACCAAGGGAGGAUACUUGGUGUCUAUAUGUGAAGCCGAUUGUGCGACCCCCGAUCACUUACUUGUCGGGGUUGUGGCAGCCCAGCCAACCACGGGAGAAGUUCUGUACGACACAUUUGAAGAGAGUGCAUCUUCUUGUGAACUGGAACAGAGGCUCGAGAGUCUUCAACCUGUUGAGAUUGUUUUCUCUGAGAAGUGCCACCCCAUGUUGGAGAAGACAGUGUGCAGCUUCACGAGCACGAGUCGUGACGGUGUACGUUUGGAGCGACUCCCGCCGGAUUACUUCAAGCUGUCUCCUAGCUUAGAUGCCCUGACCACCUUGUACUCUGCCAACGACAAGCAUUCGUCGAGUAUUGCCCAGCUAGCGGCAAUCCCGCCAGUCGUCAUCUGCUGCUUGGGAUCUCUCCUCGAAUACCUGAAAGCAUUCAAACUGGAGGAAAUCCUCAGGGACGUGAGCAAUUUCACUCCCAUGUCCAGCGGCUGUCGCAAAAUGGAUCUCACGGCGGCAACGCUACGGAGGUUGGACGUGUUCCGUAACUCGGCGGAUGGCACAGUGAAAGGCAGCUUGUUCGGCCACUUGGAUCAUACUUUGACAGCCUUUGGCCGCCGCAUGCUUUUCUCAUGGAUAGGACAACCGCUGGCAGACUUGGAGUUGAUCAAGGAACGUCAGGAUGCUGUUUCAAGCAUACUUUCCCUGGGAGCCAAGAGUCUUCCCGAACUUAGAAAGUUUCUCUCAAGAAUGCCCGAUGUUCAGCGAGGACUUUGUGCAAUUUUGCACCAGAAGGUGAAGCCAUCUGAUCUUGUGGAAAUACUGUCCGCCUUGUCCCGGGCGCAGAGGCUCUUCGGGGCACUCAGCACAAACUUUUCGCUUGGCAUCACGAGUACUGCACUGAGGAAUUGCUUUGUCAACAUUGCCAAGCUCUUGAGAGAUGUUGACAGCCAUCUUGAAUGCUUGGACGUCAAUUCAGCCAAGCGUGAUGACAUGGCUACACUCUUCAAGGACUUGUCUGACUAUCCCGACCUCUUGAGGUGCCAUGAGGAUGUCUUCAACAUUGAGGAGAAGCUCCUUUCACUUCGAAAGGAUAUUGCUGUGCAGCUUGGAGUUGCCACGUUUGACUACAAAUCGGUCAAUGGAUUGCCGUAUCUUGUCGAAGUGCCUGUCAAGAAUAUUUCGGCAAUACCUCGGGACUGGUUCAAAAUAAGCUCGACAAAGGCUGUAAGCAGGUUUCGGCCACCUGUGGUCGAGUCUCUCUACAAAGACCUGUGCGUUGCCAAGGAAGUGGCGCUGAUGCAAAGCCGCAAGUCCUGGGUUUCUUUCCUGGAGAAGCUGAGUGUGAGGUACACAGACUACCAGCAGGUGGUGAAGAGCAUAGCCACGGUGGACUGCUUCCUGUCCCUGGCCGAGACUGCUUCCCAGGCCGGAUAUUGCAGGCCACAGAUGCUGCCCAAGGAUCCGGCAACAAUCCGAAUUGUCCAGGGAAGGCAUCCAGUGCUGGAGCUGAGUUCCGCGCAGCAGCAGUACGUGAGCAACGACACUGAUCUCAGCGAGACUAUGCGCUGUUGCAUCAUUACGGGUCCCAACAUGGGCGGCAAGAGCUCGUACAUGCGCCAGGUCGCCCUUGUUGUCAUCAUGGCGCACCUCGGAUCCUACGUGCCUGCCGAAUCAGCAGCCAUCAGCCUGAUAGAUGGCAUCUAUAUCAGAAUGGGCGCCGAGGAUGACAUCACUCGAUGGAGGAGCACGUUCCUCAGCGAAAUGCUGGAAACAACGGAGAUCCUGGACAAAUGCACCAACCACUCGUUGGUCAUCUUGGAUGAGUUGGGUCGAGGCACUGCCACACACGAUGGCACCGCCAUUGCCUGGGCUACGCUUCGUCACAUCGUGGAAGAGGCAAGUUUCCGAGCACGUUUGACGUUUCGGAGACCAGUGUUAGUCAACAGCUUAAUGGCUCAUUCACACCGGCGACUUGAGGAAGUCGUGCGACCAUUUGCGACUCGCGAUCAAAAAGCGACCGCAGGCGACUGAUGUUCACACCGGCAAGCUCGGCUGAGCGCGACUCGCAAGUCGCAAUCCCGGAGAUCAUCGUCCUCAGCGAGAACUCUCGGAUUCUACGCUGAAUUUGCCGCGACGCGGGAGGAGGCCGGAUGUAGACACAUGAAAGAUCACUUCCGGUGCGCCGCUGAUUGGUUUAUCAGUUUUGCGACCACGGUCGCGCUACUGAGAAAUCGCGCAGAGAGCGACUGGCCCAAAAAGGUCGCUUUUCAGGAAAAGCGGCCGUUUGCGACUGGUCGCUUUGCCACCAACUUGGUCGCGUGACCACUGUCAGUCGCCGGUGUGAAUGAGCCCUAAAGGUCAAGUGCAGUGAAGUUUGACGUCUUGUUAAGGCAUGCGUCGCCAGAAACGCGUGCACAUCCAGUUUGGUCGCAGGGUGUGAGGAUACUCGCCCUACUGCUCAGUCUUGCUUCUGUUUUCUUUGGUAUUCUAUUUUUUUUUCCAAUUUGAAAGCGAGAAAACAAAAAUGGAAGAAAACAGAAGGGUGAAUUCACAUGGCAAGCUGGGCGAAUUGGUGAUUGAACGUGUUUCUAUGGGUGGGCAGCGCAACCCGGACGAAGGACGAGAGGAAGUACACAAUACGAGCACAUGAGCUUCCUUAUGCCCUGUGGGCAAACCGGAUGGGCACGCCUGUCUGUGGUGAUGGCUGUCUGAUGGCAUCCACUGCAUCUUCAGUAAUGCUUCAGGCAUGCCCUCUGCCGCUAGCAAUUUGUUUGGCGCUGGCAGUACCACUGAAGCCAUCUUGGUAAAGCAGCAGGGCUGGUAAUUGAGAAAUUUUUGGAUUAACAGCCUUAAAAAGUGCCUUAGCAGACAAUGUGCAAACCUGGUAGUUAGUGGAUCUGAUGCAAAUCUCGGCGCACCGCGUCCGAGAUUUUCAGUGCACCGCGGGCGCUGUGCAAAUCUCGGAAGUCAUGCCAAAACACUGCACUGGUUCUCGGCAUCCAAGGUUCUGUGCCCUGUUCGGCAAAUGGCCAUGGUGACGCUUUCCUUUUUUUUUUUGUCCAACAUCUCUUUCUGCAAGCUUUUUAUGAACCAUACACAUGUAUUUCAAGUGUAAAAUAUUGCAUGAAAGCUGCUUUUAUACCUGCACUAUAUGAAACUAGGCUUCUUUUGCAGUAAAAAUUUUGUUGCAGUUGACCUUUGAUUACAUUGAUAGCAUCUACACACGGAGAGACAGCGGUGUUUCUCCACAGUCGUGUCUAGCACCAUGUGGCUACCACCCUUUGAACUUGAGAAAUGUGAUCUUGCAUACUUAGCGGUUUUACUGAAAAAUUUUAUUUUUCCCACUG